CCCGGGUUACCAGGAGGCGGAGCCGCCGAGGCGGCUGUGGCCCGGAUGUCCGGGCGCUGCCGGCGGCUGAUCCCGGAGCUUCUUCAGGGAAACCUGCAAGCGGCCAAUGGCUGUCGAUAUUCAACCAGCAUGCCUUGGACUUUACUGUGGGAAGACCCUAUUAUUUAAAAAUGGCUCAACUGAAAUAUAUGGAGAAUGUGGGGUGUGUCCAAGAGGACAGAGAACAAAUGCACAGAAAUACUGUCAGCCAUGCACAGAGUCUCCAGAACUUUAUGAUUGGCUGUAUCUUGGAUUUAUGGCUAUGCUUCCUCUUGUUUUACAUUGGUUCUUCAUCGAAUGGUACUCGGGAAAAAAGAGUUCCAGUGCACUUUUCCAGCACAUCACUGCAUUAUUCGAAUGCAGUAUGGCAGCUAUCAUCACCUUACUUGUGAGUGAUCCGGUUGGUGUUCUCUAUAUCCGUUCAUGUCGAGUACUGAUGCUUUCUGAUUGGUACACAAUGCUUUACAACCCAAGUCCCGAUUAUGUUACCACAGUGCAUUGUACUCACGAAGCUGUUUACCCUCUAUACACCAUUGUAUUUAUCUAUUAUGCAUUCUGCUUGGUAUUGAUGAUGCUGCUCCGACCCCUUCUGGUAAAGAAGAUUGCCUGUGGGUUAGGAAAGUCUGAUCGAUUUAAAAGUAUUUAUGCUGCACUUUACUUCUUUCCAAUUUUAACUGUGCUUCAGGCAGUUGGCGGAGGCCUUUUAUAUUAUGCCUUCCCAUACAUUAUAUUAGUAUUAUCUUUGGUUACUCUGGCUGUGUACAUGUCAGCUUCUGAAAUAGAGAACUGCUAUGAUCUUCUGGUGAGAAAGAAAAGACUUAUUGUUCUCUUCAGCCACUGGUUACUUCACGCCUAUGGAAUAAUAUCCAUUUCCAGAGUGGAUAAACUCGAGCAGGAUUUACCCCUUUUGGCUUUGGUACCCACCCCAGCUCUUUUUUACUUGUUCACGGCAAAAUUUACCGAGCCUUCACGGAUACUCUCCGAAGGAGCCAAUGGACACUGAAUGUGUAAAAUGCAUUAAUACUCUUCUGUUGUACAUGGAGGUAAGAUUGGGUUUUGUUUUUCUGUUUUUGACUUAACAGACUUUAUGGUUAGACUUGGAAAAUACAAACUGCUGUAGUACUGUGUUACGUAGUAUAAUACACUGUAUACUUUAGCACUCUGUGACACUAUAAGCAUGUUAGGAAGCACUCGCCUCCGGCAACAAUUUAGUUAUUCUUUAAAGCAAAAUCGUGUUUCUCUAUACUUUGACAAGUAUAAUCUGAAAUCCUUAGCAUUGGCCUAAUUGUGCAUGUCUGUUGUAUUUCAGUUUGUUUUUCAAGUAUAAUGAAUUAUAAGGACAAACAUACAUACCUUGUGGGUCUGAUAGCAAACAUGGAAAUAAAGUAUGUUGUUUGUUAUUUAUUUUUACCAAUACAGUAUUUUGAUAAAAAGAGUAUAAUUUAUAUAACGGAUUUUCUGUUUAUAAGUAGUUUGGUUGAAGACAUCUUCUGAUUGUUUCUGUUAAGAAAAACAAUAAAAUGCUUAACU